AUGUUAUAUAAGAAGAAGAUGGUUUGGAUGGAGACAAAGUUAAGGAAGGAGAAGAAGUUAGGGAAGGAGAAGAAGUUAGGGAAAGAGAGGAAGUUAAAGAAGGAGAAGAAGUUAAGGAUGAAGAAGAAGUUUGGGAUGGAGAAGAAGUUUGAAAUGGAGAAGAAUUUAAAUGAAGUUAAGGAAGGAGAAGAAGGAGUUAAGGAUGGAGAAGAAGUUAGGGAAGGAGAAGAAGUUAAGGAUGGGGAAAUAGUUUGGGAUGGGGAAGAAGUGAAGGAAGGAGAAGAAGUUAGGGAAGAAGAAGAAGUUUUGGAUGGAGAAGAAGUCAAAGAUAAAGAAGAAAUUAUGGAUGGGCAAAAAGCUAAGGAGGGAGAGAUGAUUAUUAUGGAUGGAGAAGAAGUCAAGGAAGGAGAAGAAGUCAUGGACGGAGAAGAUGUUAUGGAAGGAGAAGAUGGUUUGGAUGGAGAAGAAGUUAAGGAAGGAGAAGAAGUUAGGGAAAGAGAGGAAGUUAAAGAAGGAGAAGAAGUUUGGGAUGGAGAAGAAUUUAAGUUUGGAGAAGAUAUCAAGGAGGAAGAAGAAGUUAAGGAAGGAGAAGAAGUUAUGGAUGGAGAUGGAGAAAUAGUUUGGGAUGAGGAAGAAGUGAAGGAAGGAGAAGAAGUUAGGGAAGACGAAGAAGUUUUGGAUGGAAAAGAAGUCAAGGAUAAAGAAGAAAUUAUGGAUGGGGAAGAAGUUGAGCAGGGAGAGAUGAUUAUUAUGGAUGGAGAAGAAGUCAAGGAAGGAGAAGAAGUCAUGGACGGAGAAGAUGUUAUGGAAGGAGAAGCUGGUUUGGAUGUAGAUGAAGAAGUUAAGGAAGCAAAAGAAGGAGUUAAGGAUGGAGAAGAAGUUAAGGAUGGGGAAGAAGUGAAGGAAGGAGAAGAAGUUAGGGAAGAAGAAGAAGUUUUGAAUGGAGAAGAAGUCAAGGAUAAAGAAGAAAUUAUGGAUGGGGAGGAAGUUAAGGAGGGAGAGAUGAUUAUUAUGGAUGGUGAAGAAGUCAAGGAAGGAGAAGAAGUCAAGGAAGGAGAAGAAGUCAAGGAAGGAGAAGAAGUCAUGGACGGAGAAGAUGUUAUGGAAGGAGAAGUUGGUUUGGAUGUAGAUGAAGAAAUUAAGGAAGCAAAAGAAGAAGUUAAGGAUGGGGAAGAAGUGAAGGAAGGAGAAGAAGUUAGGGAAGAAGAAGAAGUUUUGAAUGGAGAAGAAGUCAAGGAUAAAGAAGAAAUUAUGGAUGGGGAGGAAGUUAAGGAGGGAGAGAUGAUUAUUAUGGAUGGUGAAGAAGUCAAGGAAGGAGAAGAAGUCAAGGAAGGAGAAGAAGUCAAGGAAGGAGAAGAAGUCAUGGACGGAGAAGAUGUUAUGGAAGGAGAAGCUGGUUUGGAUGUAGAUGAAGAAGUUAAGGAAGCAAAAGAAGGAGUUAAGGAUGGGGAAGAAGUGAAGGAAGGAGAAGAAGUUAGGGAAGAAGAAGAAGUUUUGAAUGGAGAAGAAGUCAAGGAUAAAGAAGAAAUUAUGGAUGGGGAGGAAGUUAAGGAGGGAGAGAUGAUUAUUAUGGAUGGUGAAGAAGUCAAGGAAGGAGAAGAAGUCAAGGAAGGAGAAGAAGUCAAGGAAGGAGAAGAAGUCAUGGACGGAGAAGAUGUUAUGGAAGGAGAAGCUGGUUUGGAUGUAGAUGAAGAAGUUAAGGAAGCAAAAGAAGGAGUUAAGGAUGGGGAAGAAGUGAAGGAAGGAGAAGAAGUUAGGGAAGAAGAAGAAGUUUUGAAUGGAGAAGAAGUCAAGGAUAAAGAAGAAAUUAUGGAUGGGGAGGAAGUUAAGGAGGGAGAGAUGAUUAUUAUGGAUGGUGAAGAAGUCAAGGAAGGAGAAGAAGUCAUGGACGGAGAAGAUAUUAUGAAAGGAUAA